AUGGUUUUCCUGGAGGAAACCCAUCUCAGGGAUGGAGCGAGCCUCGUUCCUUCACUUUUUGUCUUUUAUUUGGAUUUUAUGGCAUUGGGAUAUCCCAGGAAGGAGGGAAUUUCAUUUCUGUGCGGCGCCACGGCGCUCAGUAAGAGCCAUAUUCUUCUACCUAAUCCUUCUUUGGAUCCUGGGCUGCAGCCAGAAGAAAUCUGGACCGUCCUGUGGAAAACAGUGUUGGAAGCACAGAGGGAGCAGAGGCCUGAGGAGCCUGGAAUUCCAUGUGCAGUGACACCCAGGAUGGGGCUGCUCCGGCACGCGCUGCCCGCAGCCGUUCUCCCGUUCCUCAUCCUUUUGGGAAAUCUGGUUUCUGCUGAGAACAUCAACUUUUACAACAUCAGGCCUCCACUAGACCCCACUCCGUUCCCAAACAGUUUCAAGUGCUUCACCUGCGACAACGCAGCGGACAACUACAACUGCAACAGAUGGGCUGAGGACAGGUGGUGUCCCGAAAGCGCUCGGUACUGCCUGACAGCUCACCUCUUCACGGCCCUCGGGGAGAGCACCUCCGUCACCAAGAAAUGUGCCACGGGCGACGAGUGUCACCUGGUGGGCUGCCACCGGCACGGGGACAGCGGCCACACGGAGUGUGUUUCCUGCUGUGAAGGCAUGAUCUGCAACGUGGAGAUCCCCACCAACGCCACCAACGCGGUGUUUGCUGUGCUGCAGGCCCGCAGGACGGCCACGGGCAGCCGGGCAGUGCCCGGCGUGGCUCUGCUGGUGACAUCGGUGACAAUGGCCCUGUCCUGA